AUAGACGCGGAAGUAAAGCAAGUACACAACGCUGGCUGUGGUCACACGUGGGUACGCAAGUUUCUCAGAGUAAUGUGGUUUGGCCAGCUUAAUUAGAAUCAUGUCGAAGAGGCAGACAGCCAUGCUAGAAGAAAAUACUGCUUCUGGAGUGGGACUCGAGAAGAAAGAAGUCCAGGAUCCACCGCCGGAGACCAGGCGGACCCGCAGCGGCCGCAAAGUGCGCACUCCUGCAGCACUUAUGGACUCCGAAGCCCCAGUGAGGACCCCCAGCCGGAGGACCAGGAGUUCCGUCCUCCAGGAGCUCUCGAUUGUAGAAAAGAAAAACACGGAGGAAGCCGGGCAGAAACUCGAGAGUCUGACCGAGGAGAAGCUCGACAUCCCGGUCGAUCCGGAGUCGGUGGUCGUGCCCUUGUCAGAGCAAGCGGAGCCGCACGCGCAGGCUGCAGCAGAUACAGACGGAGGCGCCGUUAACGGCAGCGCAGACGGGCUUCUGUCCCGGCCUGCAACAGCAGAAACUGCGCCCAAGAGUAUAGCCGCCCCAAAGAAGAAGAAGCCUCGUUUGGGUUCAAGUGGAAACCAAGGUCCGGUCAUUCCGCUGGGAAAACCCAAAUCCGGCCGCGUGUGGAAGGACCGCAACAAGCAGAGGUUCUCCGCACUGGUAAGAGACAAACCGUUGUGCUCUUCUUGGGAAAAGAAGAUGGAGGCCAAACGGGAGAAGGACCUGGUGAAACGGUAUACCUUGCAGCUUAAAGACGACAAAGUCAAACAGAGAGAGGAUAAGAGGAAAAGGAGAGAGGACAACUUGAAACGUCGCGCAGAGAACGAACGCAAGUCAGAGAUUGUGCAAGUGAUCACAAACACAACAAAGAUCAAGAGGAUGAAGAAGAAACAGCUCAGGAAAAUUGAGAAGAGAGACACGCUGGCUCUGCUGCAGAAGACUCAGAAGCAGCGUGUAAAAGCCAAAGUGCAAAAAAGUCAGAAGGUUGAUCCAGAUUUGACCUAAAGACUGAGAUAAUAAUAAUAAUAAAAAAACAAGGAACCCGUUCAGAACUUGGCCUACAUGUUUUACAUGUGGAUGACUGAAAUGCAGCAAGCACAUUUGUAUGGGAGUUAAAAUAGCUAAAAUUAAUUUUGCACAAUAGAUGAGAUUGCUGCUCAGUUCACCACUGGGGUGACCAUCAACAUGCAGUUAAGAAUCAACAUCUGAUUUUUUUUUGGCAUACGUAUCCUAUUAUUGCUUUUUCAUUUGUUCUGUUAAUUUCUCAAAGCCUGUAAAACAUCACACAUGACCAAUUUUUGUUUAAUGUUCUAUAUGGAUUACAAUUAAAAUCAUUGUUUAUCAA